AUGGCCGAGAAGGUCCCCGAGAAGAUAAAUCCCGAGACAGCGCCAGACCCGGACGAAGACGACCUGGACGACCUGGACGACGUUCUCGACGAGUUCCAAGCAACCUCAAUAUCGGAAAAGGCCAAACCUACAUCCUCCACCGCCCCUGCAGCAUCAGGUCCCGGCAGACCGACUACCAGCGACGAUGCGUCGCAACCAGCCGCAGACCUUUCGGAAGAAGACUUCGCCAAACAGCUACAAUCUGGCAUGACUUCGUUAAUCUCGGAGCUGGACUCGAACCCGGAAAUGCAGCAGGAAUUCGAGAAGAUGAUGCAAGAAUUGAUUGCGGCUGGAGCGGCAGGGACAGACCAACAAGCCGGUGAACAUCUCAAACAAGCUGCAGAAGCCGUGCCGAAGGCCCCAACAGCAGACGAGAGCAGUAAACCAAAGACUGCGGCGGCGAGCAGCAAGAAGGGUUCAGCUGGAGGAGAUGAUUUCCAAGACACAAUCCGCCGGACAAUGCAGCGCAUGCAAGCUUCAGAUUCCGGCGCAACAGCAGCCUCCACGGCGCCUCAAUCCGAAGAGGAUGUCCUGGCGCAGAUGAUGAAAGAGCUGACUGAAGGCGGAGGAGGUAUGGGUGGCGGUGGAGAAGACUUUAAUGCCAUGCUCAUGUCCAUGAUGGCACAUUUGACAAACAAGGAGAUCUUGUACGAACCGAUGAAGGAGUUGAGCGAUAAGUUCCCGGCAUGGCUGGAGAAGAACCGAGAGAAGACACCCAAGGACGAACUGGAAAGAUAUGAAAAGCAAAGGCAGCUGGUCGGCGAGAUCGUGGCGAGGUUUGAGAAGCGUGGAUACAGCGAUGACAACGAGGAAGACAGGGAAUAUAUCGUGGAGAGGAUGCAGGAGAUGCAAAGUCAAGGAUCACCUCCAUCCGAUCUUGUAGGCGACAUGUCCGCCGCUCAAGACGCCCUGGGAGAUCUAGAGUCUGGAUGCCCGACGCAAUAA